AGGGGCCCGAGGGGCGCGGCCGAGGUGGGCGGCUGCCGGGCCGCAGGUCCGCCGGCAGCGCGGGGCUCCCAGGGAGGCUUCGCUCUUCCGAGACAGCGAGGAGGCAGCUGGGCCGAUCUUUGUUCUUUUGAGACAAAGACCCUGAACUUGGGUCCUCGCUUUGUUCAGGUUUCUGGCCUUGGUUGGAAACUAGCUGUGAAUGAUCAUGUGCUGAAAUUUCACAAAGGUCCCUGCUCACCCACGGCCCAGGAUCUGGAAGCUGCAGCCCACGAGCUUGGGUGCUCGUUUGGACUUUCGCAGUCUGAGAGGGCCGCCGAGGCAUCAGCCUGGAACGCGGCUGAGUGUUGGUAUUCCCAUCCCGUGUAUGCAAGGUACUGGCAACACUGGGAUAAAGCAGCGGCUUGGUUGCAGAGCCACCAGAAUGCCCACUGGAAGGCCAUGGACUCCUGCUUCAAUUUUCCAUGGUACCUCCCUCCUGCAGCUCUUCCCCAAAGCUCUUACGAUAACGAGGCUGGAUGUCCUCAGUCCUUCUGUGACCAUCACGUGGCCUGGCAGGACUGUCACUGCGGUUCUUCAUAUUUCAGAAGGUCUGGGCAGCAUCCACACGACAGCGGUGGGAUCCAGGCAUCCACGAGAGAAGACCAAGCUGUGUCUGAGGAGAUGGAGGUAGAGACCGAGUCAGAUGGGGAGGUAGAAUGCGACCUGAGCAACCCGGAAAUCACCGAGGAGCUGCGCCAGUACUUUGCGGAGACCGAGAGGCACAGAGAAGAGCGGCGGCGGCGGCGGCAGCGGGACGCGGAGCGCCUGGACGACUGGGAGCGCUUGCACGGGGACAGCGCCGCCAAGACCCGGGCCCUGGAGGCUGCGGUGCCGCUGAGCUUUGACAAGCACUGCGACAGAAAGCAGCCCAAGCACUGGCCGCUCAUCCCCCUGAAGUUCGGAGCCCUGGGACCCCUGCGAGUGCUGUCUGCACUGGGUCCGAACAGGGUUCCCAGCCUCACCCCCCUCCUUUUAGGUACACUCACUUCAUCUCUCCUCGUGUUCACCCAAGUCCCAGUGGGCCCACCACGAGGUGGAUGUCAUAUACCAGGCACUAGGAAGUCAGCAGGACGUGUACUGUUGCCAACAUGAGAAAUUUUCUCCUGACAUGAAAUGAUAAUUUUGUGUAUAUUACAGUUUUUUUGAUGUUGUCAAUAACAAUGUUCAUUAAAGUUCUUGCCUAGAACAAAUAAGUAAAAAUAAAAAUUUAAAUACCCCAAAUUUUAUAUACGUAAUUUGUCUUAAUAGAAAUUAAAAGGCAUUGCUUUUGGCCCAUGAAGUUCUACAUAUCUCUUCCUUUAUCAUUUAUAUUUCUAAUAAGGUUAUUAAAAUAUUCAAUAAUUUUUAAAAGUCUACUUACGCAAAGCACAUGACUAGAAGGAAAAGUGUUCUUAUAUAAAUGAAAAUUUCUCAUGAUUUAGUCUGUGCAGUUGGAGAUUUGGUAGAUAAUAGGUGUCAUUAACCUCUCAAACAUUGCUAGAUUUUGAAGAAAUGAAAAUACUGAACAUUUUUUAGAUAGAUUUAUUCAUAGUUGGGUUUUGUUUAUAGUUCUGAGUUUUGAGCAAAUUUAGAUGAAUUGAGAAUAAAUAGAGAAUUCUUUUUCUUUUUUUUUUUUUUUUUUUAAGAAAUUGGUCUUGCUCUGUUGCCCAGACUGC